UGGGCAGUUUUAUAUCAUAACAACGACAGUAGCUUGGAUGUGUUGAAGCAGUUUGCCUCACGAUACUACGUAUGUUCGUAUCGUUUGUGAAUAGAAAGGAUAUAACAAAACUGCUGUUAAAAAUCAGAUACCAUAUAAGAAUUGAAAAUGACUCGAGCAGAAUUCUCUCCCUUGAGGUCAGUCAUCAUUCCGGCUUCAGCUGUACAAAAUCAUAUGUUGUCCCCUUUUUAGUCAAGUAUUAUAUAAUGCCCAAUGUUGCAUUUACUAACAAGGUAUGAAUAUUGCCUCUUUAGAUAAUUCCGACAGUUAACAUUAACAUUUGUAUAAACAAUUAAUGAUACUGAAUUAAAGGUGGCAUUUUAUUGUUCUCUAUCCUUACCAAUACAUUAUUGAACUGUUAAGAAUUCUCUGUUUUAAUUGUUGACAAUAUAUUCAGGUUCACGAAAUUUUUGUAACCUUGGCAGUCUGCGGUUCUGAUGUUUCACAAGGUGAAAUUCCUUAUAAAAUUUAACAGUACAUUCGAAAUCUUCAAUGAAUACAAGUCAUGUGACUACAUUUUGCGCACUAAAGAACUGAUAAGAAUAGUCAUCAAGUAUGGCAGUUUUACGCAUAUUUUUGGUCACCCUAGCAGUCUGUGGUUUAGAUGCUGUUCAAGGUGAAAUUCCGAAUGAAAUCCAACAGUUCGUUCUGAGUCUUCUACAGGAACACGAUGAAGAAGUGAUGGAGUUGAAACAGGAGAUUCAGUCCCUCAGACAAGAGGUAUCCUCACUCCAGAGUUCGUACUUAAAGGUCUUACACAAACUCGAUGAUAUAAGGCAAAAGGAGAAUAAGGAAGUGUCGGUUCCUAUGGAAACCGAAAUAUACGGCAAAAUUCAAGAGUUAGGCAUCAAGAAUCCAUCCUCUCAGAACGCUACACAAUCCAAUGCUCAACAUAAUUCAGCUGGUAGUAAACAAUUGCCAGAGAAUGUUCAGCACGUGAGAAAAGGAAGAAUAGUUCCUCACAAUAUGAACGGAAACUAUCAAACAGCCUUUUCCACAUACAUUUCCAAAUUUAUUUCUAAUCUCCAACACAAUCAACAACUUGUGUUUGACAUUGCAAUCUUAAAUAAUGGAAACGCUUACGACGAAACCUCUGGAGUCUUUACUCCAACCACUAAAGGGGUGUAUGUUCUGUUUGCCACCAUUACUACGAGCCCUGGAAAGAGUUUGGAGGCUGAGAUCGUGAAAAACGGCAACGUGCUUUGUCGAAUCUAUUCCGGGGACAACACACUCUAUUCUCCUGGUUCUAAUAUGGCCGUUGCUGCUUUGGACAUUGGUGACAGAGUCCUGGUCAGAAUCCAUGACCAUUACCAUGACGAUGGUGUCACCAUUGACGGCGCCUUCUCCACGUUUUCUGGAUUUCUGUUGUACGAAACAGACUGAAUGAUUAAAACACAUAGAAUCUGUUAAUUCCUAAUCGUUUAUAACAUAUAAAUAAAUUCACCUGCAUUUUUCAUUGACUAAAACAUAAAACAUAUAAAAGUUAUUUCUAAUCGUUUCUAUGACUCAUGUAAAGUAUCUAUCUAAAAAUACCUAUUUUACACAGUGAAUUCGUGAAAUGAAAUAAUUAUAAUAGCGUAUCUGCAUAUUUUUAUCUUAACUAGCCAAGGGUUUUCGGUCAACUUUGCUCCCC